UCUCUGAUGAUGCUCCUGGAAGUCAGCAGUAGUGUUGGAUACUAGCAUCAGUGCUCAUCGCAGGGAUGGGGGCGAGCAUUAUGGACCCCUUCUCCACCGCUGCUGCCGGCCUCGAUGUCCUCGGUCUCGUUAUUAAAUCACUGCAGAACCUCUUUCUCUAUGCCAAAUCCGUCAAGAACGCCCCGCGCGCCGUGCAGAAGCUACAGGAGGAGCUGGUCACGACACAAGGAACAUUCAAGUUCGCCGAGCACACAUUCCAGUCUCUGCAACAGCAGCGGCUCUCAGAGCAUGCCAUCAGUGUGCUGACGCGCUUUUUUGGCCCCAAUGGCCCUCUAAAGCAGAGUCUGAAGGCCUUGAAAGCUCUGGACGACCGGCUGACUCACGCCUUAAGCGGG